CUGAGUCAGUCUAGCCUGACUCCUCCCAGCAGCCCUACCCUUCCCUCUCUGCUGCUCCCGCCCUCUCUCUCUCUCUUCAGCAGUAGGUACAUGUGCAGUGAGCGACAGCCAGGAGAGCAGUUCAGGGCACGAGCCAAGGGCGCACACACCCACUAGCAGAGAGCAAGGCAGCAUUAUUCAACGGAUCCUCAUCUCUACACUCCUUUAGGGUACGGCGCACACACACUCUCUCAGCAGUAGAUAAACUUCUAGAAAGGUCCUGCACUUUUUUUUAGUACCUUCAGCAGGCUGCAGUCGAGAGGUUCUCAUACAACUGAGACAGUGACUCACACUCUCGACACUACUUUCUGAGCCAUUAUUACCAUGGAAACCCCGAGCCAGAAACGCUCCAGCCGUGGUGCUGGCGUCUCCCCGGCCCGCAUCACCAGGCAGCAGGAGAAGGACGACCUGUGCAACCUCAAUGACCGGCUGGCCACUUACAUCGACAAGGUGCGCUCUCUGGAGAGCGAGAACGCCGUACUGCGAUUGCGCAUCACCGAGUCCGAGUCAUCAACUACCCGAGACUUGUCGGGCAUCAAGGCGGCUUAUGAGGCAGAGCUAGCCGACGCCCGCAAAACCCUGGACCAGGUGGCCAAGGAGCGAGCACGCAUGCAGCUGGAGCUGAGCAAGAUCAGGGAGGAGCACAUGGAGCUCAAAGCCAGGAACAGUAAAAAGGAGGCUGACCUGGUCGCCGCUCUCGCUCGACUGAGAGACCUAGAGGCCCUGCUCAACUCCAAAGAUGCUGCGCUCACCACCGCCUUGGGGGAGAAGAGAUCCCUGGAGGCCGAGCUCAAGGACCUCAAGGCCCACCUGGCCAAGUUGGAAGGAAACUUAGCCGAUGCCAAGAGGCAGCUGCAGGACGAGAUGCUGAGAAGAGUGGACGCAGAGAACCGCCUGCAGACUUUGAAGGAGGAACUGGAGUUCCAGAAGAACAUCCAUGCUGAGGAGCAACGGGAGUUCCAGAGCCGGCAAAAGUCACGCACCGAGGAGUUCGUCGGGGGGCGAUCGCUGGACUUUGACAGCAAGCUGGCUGAGGCCCUGGCUGAUCUGAGAGUCCAACAUGAGGAGCAAGUCCGUAUCUACAAGGAGGAGAUCGAGAAGACCUACAACUCUAAGUUGGAGAACGCCCGUCAUUCAGCUGACAGGAACAGCAACCUGAUGGGAGCCGCUCAUGAAGAGCUGCAGCAGACCCGGGUCCGAAUCGAGGGCAUGUCAGGCCAGCUCAGCACACUCCAGAGACAGCUAUCAGCAAGUGAAUCCAAGGUGCGGGAUCUGGAGGAAGCUCUGGCGAGGGAGCGGGACAUGCUGCGGCGGCGGGUGGAUGACAAAGAUCGGGAGAUGGCCGAGAUGAGAGCUCAGAUGCUUAUCCAGCUGGAGGAGUACCAGGAUCUGCUGGACGUCAAACUGGCUCUGGACAUGGAGAUCAGUGCUUACAGGAAGCUGCUGGAGGGAGAGGAGGAGAGACUGCGUUUGUCACCCAGCCCUCCUACCACCAAGGUCACAGUGACACGGACCUCCGGCUCCAGCCACAGCCACACCAGCCGCCUGCUCAACUCUGCUGCCGCAGCCUCCAGCAGCCGCAACUCCUCCGGCGCCGCCAGCACCAAGAAGCGCCGCCUCAACGACAAUGACAGCGAGACCUCCAGCAUGGUGGGGGGAACCGUGACCAAAGCUCGCAUCAGUCAGCACGCAUCAGCCUCUGGCCGCAUCACGGUGGACCAUGUCGACCUGGAUGGCAAGUUCAUCCGUCUCAGCAACAAGGCUGACGAGGACCAGGUUCUGAGCAACUGGCAGGUGAAGAGGCAGGUUGGAAGUUCGACCCCCAUCUCCUUCAAGUUUCCCCACAAGUUCACUCUGAAGGCUGGAGGAAGUGUCACUAUCUGGGCUGCUUCUGCUGGUGGAACCCACAACCCUCCCACUGACCUGGUGUGGAAGAGCCAGGACUCCUGGGGAACUGGUGACCUCCUGCAGACCAUUCUGAUCAGCGCCAACGGAGAGGAAAUGGCCAUGAGGAAAGUGACUCGCAUCCUGGUCUACGAUGAUGAAGAAGAUGACAUGGGAGCUCACAGCACGAGCGGUGCGGAUAAUGAGUACAACCUGCGGAGCCGCACGGUGAUCUGCGGCUCCUGCGGACAGCCGUCGGGCCGUGAGGGUACUUGCAGCGGUGGUGGUCUAACUGAAGGCCUCGGAGGACAUUCCUUUUUCAUGGGCAACAAUGAGCGCAGAAAGGCCGGUGUGAGCCCCGAGAACUGCUCCGUCAUGUAAACACCAGACACCACCACCUCACCUGAAGCCCCCUCCUCCUGUAGCCCACAAAGGAGAAUAGUUUUCUACAGUUAGGAUGUUUCCUCUUUAUUUUUUUACAUGAUCUCGUCUUUUUUUUUUGUACUCAGAUUUAAACGAGGGUUGAAUUUGCUUUGAGGUUUUGGGAAAAGGGCACAGGAUUUUCAUAUUCAGCUUUUGAGGUUUUUUUAAUAUAUAUAUAUAUCCAAGUUAUGUUAUUGCAUGUGUGCCAUGCUAACGCUUGUUGCUGUAUCCUGCUCCUCUUGCACACUCUCUCUCUCUCUCUCUCUCUUACUCACACACACACACACACACACACACACACACACACACACACACACACACACACACACACACACACACACACACACAGAGCUCCAUUGACCAGUGCUUGUGCUUCGAUCAGAGCCAGGGUUUCAUGUUUAAUGGCCAGGCUGUCAACACUCAACACGCACAGCUAGUGAACCCUGUCAGGUCUCUGCAGCCGCACAGGCGACUGAAGAAUGAGCCCUGUGGGGUUUCUUAGGCAGGUUUAUCAAAAUAGAUCAAAUCUUUAUUCAAAAUGAUGUCAUGUUUACAGUAGACAUUUACUGUCCUUGAUUUUGAAUUGUAUUAUGUUAUUCUGAACUGCUACAUGGAAAAGAAGAUUUGGGUUUGUUUUUUUUGUUUAAAAAAAAAAAUGGAGUAGGAAAUGUGUCUGAAGCAAGACAAAGUUCUGUAAACUCAGGGUCCUCUGCAGGUUCUUUGUCACCGUAGAGGUUGACAUGCAUGUUGUCGUAUCUAGAUGACUUUAGGCUGUUGGACAGCUGUGGUGCAUGCAGAGAAAAUAAUUAAUUGAGAUGAAUAUUUUUGCAUGCCAGAGAAACGUAUUUGAACGUCUGCAGAAAUAAGGAGCUAGUCUUGGUCGGAUAAGUCUCAUGUGUAUCUAAGUUUAAGAAUAUUUAAAUAUGUUGACUUGUUUGUUUUCUCUUUACAAAAUUCCAAAGAUGUUUUUUUGUGAUGAUAGGAAACUGUGGAUUUGUAUUUUUUUGGGGGAAAUAUCAGGAAUCAGUAGUGAAACUUUGCGUCAUUACUGACUAAUUUGGUGCCAUAAAUAGAGUAUAUUUAUAGGAUUUCUCAGCUCAUUCAACCAAAUUAACACUAUUCUUACAGAGAUGCUGCAGUAACAUUUUUUAACAUAUUUUUUUACAGACUGAAAGUGCCUUUUAGAACGGGAGAAGAAAUGCACGUCACGUUCAGCAGUCUUGUGACUGUCAGCUGUCCUCUGGUUUGCGUUGCUCCUAAGAACUGGUCAUAAGGGCUUUUAUUUCUCCUCUCUUUUAAGCUCGCUGGCUUAAAAAAAAAAAAAAUCCCCUGGCAUGAUUUGUGGGGCCUGAGUAGGAUUGUGGGGUUUGUAUUCUUUGUGACUUUGGCUUCAUGCGCUGCUUUUAUUGAGGGCUUUACCAAUUAUGCACAGCAGGUAGAUUUGUACUGUAGUCUGGCAGCUUAAUUCAUUUAUAAGCAUAUCAAAGCAUUUAUGGAAAAUACUUGAUCGCUCUUGUUAGUAUUUUUUCUCUCUUUUUGUUCUAUUUUUUUUUUUUUUUUCUGCCAUGUUAGGUUGUUUUAUGUGCCUUAAAGAGACGUCUAACUUUGACACUACGACCCCCUAAAGUGCCUUAGAGAUGUUUAAUGAAAGGGGUUGAGUUUUCUGCCUCUAUUACACUGAUUUAUAACACUUAAACAAAGCAUUUAUCACGUCUCGUUCAUGUAAGGUCAUGAGAUGUGUUUACUUUAUGUUAUUAUGAACUCAGAAGAGAUCAUUUACAGGGAGAGUUUAGUUUUUGUUUUUUUAAGGCUGUCUGAUUAUAAACCAAGGAGAAGCUUCUUCUUGCCUUAACGUUUCUCAAGACCCUGACAGCUACCAUACAUAACAUCUGAAAAAAGAAUUCAAGUUGAAGUUAAUGACCACGAUGUUCUUACCCUUACAAAAAGUCUAAAAGGCUUUUGUGAAGCCUCCCUGUUGAAGUGGAUCUAGCUGGAGUCCUGGAGAUUCUUCAAAGGAGCUGAGGAUUUGUUAACGAAAAAGGAUUUCUUCUCGUAAUCCAUUAAUGCCAAAGUUGUAAUUUGCUUGAAGAUGGAUUUGUGUUUGUUUCUAUUCUCAGAAUCGUGUCAGAAUUAUGGAAAACAAUGCCUUCAAGUUGAUGUAAUGAAUUAUUCCUUUUUUUUCUUUUCUAAAAACAAUGAUGAGUAAAAACGUCUUUUUCUUCCA